AUGCCUUUCGCAUCUGUAUACUUGUCCUGGAUGCGCGCGGACCUAAGCGGAAAGUUGUUAAUAGCGCUCGCAUCUGAUGAAGAAACAAGGUACAUGUUUGAGCAGAUCAAGGGUGAAAUGGUCGCAGACUGUGUCCUUUCCGCUGAGCCUAGCGGGACUGGUGCAAUCGCUUUCUCCUCGAAAGGCUAUCUACAAUUUACUGUCGAAGUCGCAACUCGAGGCGCCAUCUCUGGAUACCCGAACGCUAGUCUCAGCGAUAUCCGCAUUGCUAUGCAUAUCAUUCGCGAUCUUGAUCUGCUGGAAACAAUCAAUGUCGACCUACCUCCGUCGAUUGCGACUCGGCUGGCGGAUACGAAGUAUCGGGGUUGGCUGGAUGACAUAUACGGCGAGGGUGCGGCGGGCCUCAUCCCAGUAGUCUCGAUCAACGUUGGUACUAUCCAAGGCGGCAGCUCUGCGAAUUCACACUCGGUCUUUAGCGAGGCUAGCAAGAUUGUCGCCCGGUACCCGGAAGCCCACAUACGCCUUGAAGGAGCGGACGCAGCGGAUAUCUCAGACUCCGAGCACGAGAUGACACCAAUUUUUCAACAUGUUGUCACAGACCUUGGCUGGCCCAAACCACAAAUGGCGCCCGAUACUGCCAUCUCAGAUCUCCGAUAUUGGCGAUAUCGCGGAAUUCCGACAUUUUGGUAUGGUCCCGAUGGAGAGCAUGUCAGUGCUGCCAAUGAGUCCGUUAAGAUUGAAGAGCUGCUGCACCUCGUGCGCACGUAUGUGGUUGCCUCAGCAGAAUAUCUCAAGAAGAGCUAAGCGUUACGUGCUCGCGCUUUCAAAGCGGUGAUGAGUCGUGAUGGUAGAAAAAAGUUCUAGGCUAUAUUCAUUCUUUCAUCGAUGGCCAUAGUUGCAACGUUGUUAUGCCAAGUACAUAUGAAUCCAUAGAUGAGAGGUUCAGAUUACUCACAGUACAUACAAGAGCGAGGAAUGUUGGAUGUGUCAGCAG